UGUCUUCAGCAGUAUGGGAUAAAUUCACCCUGAAGCUGGAAAAAGAGAGAGAAGUCCUCCGACAUCUGCUUCAGGGAGGCCAGGAACAGACCUUUGGCAAGUACUAAUCAGAGAAAUACAAAAUAAACAAAUAAUAAUAAAAAAAGGAGCACCGUGCUUUUCCUGGAGUUCUUGCCUGCUCUACCACCCAGACCGGCUAAGGCAGGGCCGCCCACAGGCCCAGUGCUGGGGGCCAGGACGUGGCCAUGCUCCCCUCUUCUGAGCCGCUGCCCCGCUCCACGGAAGUGGCGAUGUGUCCCCUGUACCUGCACGCCAAGAAAGGCAAAAGGCGAAGGGGCAGCUUGGAGGCAGCUGUAGUCCAGAGCUUAGCCCUGGGGAUAAUAUGCACGACUGCAGCCUACCCCAGCUGGGUUGUGGUCAGAAUGGGCUCGCUCCAUUCCGUGCUGGGCAUUAUCUGUGUCCUUAAUCAAAUAGAACCCUCUUCCAACUGCCACUUCGUGGGCCGUGCAGGACUCGCCUUUAUGAGCUUGACAGCUCUCUGCUACCUGCUGGCCCUCCUCAGCAGCUGCGGGGCCAUGCUGCUCGACAUCCUGGGGCUGAAGCUGAGCAGGAUGACUGCCCCUUUCCUGCACGGCCUCGUUGUCCUGUUCACUGCCAUCGCAGUGGUCUCAUCCUGUGGUCUCUGGGUGUUGACGAGGCACAACCUCCGCACCGCUCAGCACCCACAGCUCUUAGGCCACUCCGUGGUCUUUGGCCCCAGCUUCUACUUCUGUCUCCUUGCUUGUGCCCUAGCAGUCGUCGCAACUGGCUGCAGCUACACCGCCUGGGCACACGCUGAUCUUUCUAUGACCGUCUGCCUCACCGGCACCAGUCGGCAGCGGUCACACCUGGUCCCUGUGGAUGAGUACAGCAGCGCUACCGACAUACAAUGCUUUGAGACCGGCCUACCCCUGGCCGCAUGCGUUGCCUUCCUCCAGAAGGAAACCGAGUCCCAAGCAGAACAAGGUCUGCCCUACAAGCUAGAAGGUGCUGAACCCCCAGCAGAGGAAGGUGCCGACCUCACCCACGAGGAAAGCAGCAUCCAGCUAGAGGAAGGUCUGACCCCCGAACAAGGUAAUACAUGCCCAGAUGUCACCGAGGAUCCCCAUCCUACAAAAGAAAACUGACUCCAGAAUGGAAGAGGUAAUUCCCCCCAAACAGGAAAGACAACAUGGGAGAAAGAAAUUUCCAUUUAGUAGAGGAAAAGGCUAAAUGACACAGGCAAGAGCUCCUCUCUUCACAGAGGUACUGACUACAUUGCCUUCUGAGAUCUGCCCACUCAACUAUCCAGACACUAUGCAGUAAUAUAUUUAUCCAACCCUUAUGCAUCAGAUUUUUUCCGUAAAAUUCUUGCUUUGCCAUGAGAGGGACUUAAGAUGCUGUAAAACAAAGCCUUCCUUUAAAAAAAAAAAAUGGUUUGGAGAAGCAUUAGGUUAUUCCUUACUUGAAAAUAGAAGUAAAAUGUCUUGAAAUCUUCCAAAAGAAGACAUCCUUCCCAGAAGAGAUGCAGUACUGCAAAGUGAGAUGAA